AUGAGCAGAAGGCAGAGCUUGUUGAAACAGCUAGGAAUCAAAUACCCGAUUCUUCAAUCGCCCAUGGCAGGAGUGCUGACUCCCGAAAUGGCCCAGAGUGUAACCAAUGCCGGUGGAUUAGGAGCAAUCCCUUUAUCAACUAUAAACUUCCUACAACCAGACUCAAUUGCCAAAACAGAAUGGCUAAUGGAAAACUUUUUCAACGGGCUCACUUCUUCAACAAAUCAUCAUGCACUGACGCCGGUAAAUUUCAAUUUCUUCAGCCAUACAGUUGAACAGCCACCUACACCAGAUGAAGUCAACAAUUGGAAAUCAAUGUAUGCGAAAUUGGGAAUACCCACAACCACUUUCAAUCAGAUUUCAACGUUUGAAAACGGCAACGUUUCAUUCAACGAGUUUUGCGCUGACGGCGAAGCAACCAGGAGAAUACGCGAUAUACUCGAAGCAUACAAACCAGCCAUUAUAAGUUUCCAUUUCGGCAUCCCCAAGCUUCCCCAAGAGCUUUUGACGCAAUUGGAGAAGAACAACAAUUCCAACACGUUGAUCUUUGUAACUGCAACAUCGAUUGCGGAAGUCGAGCGCAUUGUAUCGCUGGAAUACACCAUCCACGGCAUAAUUCUACAGGGCUACGAAGCGGGAGGCCACAGGGGAAACUUUGCCCAUAGCUCCAAAUACGACGAAAACAUGCCGAGUUUAACUCUCCUUCAAAGGACACUCGCCUAUUUUUCUGGUUCGCCAACUAGACCAUAUUUGGUCGUCGCUGGAGGUAUCAUGGACUCAAACGAUAUCAAGGUGUUUUUACAAGCAGGCGCAGAUGCAGUGCAGCUAGGCACGGCUUUUCUAGCUUCGCAAGAAUCCACCACCAUGAAGUUUUUCUCCAAUGUGAAUCAGCCGAAACUCGCGGCCCAAGCCACGGUGAUGGUGGAUGCCGUGUCGGGCAAACCGGCGCGUGCGGUGCGGACCCAGUUUAUAAAUGAGGUGAUUCAGCACCUGAGUACAGUUGGUCCAUUGCCUCCCUAUGGAUAUGCUUAUGGCGCAUACAAGAAGUUGAAAGGUUUGAAUGUCGACACGAGCUUGGACUUGGGGUUCUACCUUGCUGGUAUGAACUAUUACCGUCUUGAUCGUGAGCUUUGUCUGACGAAACAGGUGAUGGAGAAAUUGAUCAGCGGUCUAGAGUGA